AUGGCGGAGGGGCCCGAUGGGUGUGACCCCACACUGGCCACAGAUCUGAUCAUGAUGACUUGUCUUUGGCUGCUUUUGCUGCCAGGUGAAUGGAUUGCUGCAAUCUCCUUAGCUGCUGGAGCAGCUGCUGUUGGGUAUCUAGCUUACAAAAAACUUCUCUCUAAAGACAAAUGCUGCAAAGCAAUGGUGAAUCCCCAUAUCCAGAAGGAUAACCCCAAGGUAGUCCAUGCAUUUGAUAUGGAAGAUCUGGGAGACAAGGCUGUGUACUGUCGUUGCUGGAGAUCUAAGAAGUUCCCGCUGUGUGAUGGCUCUCACACAAAGCACAACGAGGAGACUGGCGACAAUGUUGGUCCUCUGAUCAUCAAGAGGAAGGAAGCAUAG